AUGACGGUCGGGCUGGACGGGCCGGGCGGGCUCACGCCGAUGGAGCACCGCCUCAAGGCGUACAGCAGUAAGCCGAGGCGGUCGGCCGAGGUGCUCUUCUUCCGACAGAGCCCUUCGCAGGAGCCGCAGCCGCCGAGCGCGCCAGCGGCGGCGGCUGCUGCGCCACCCGCGCCCGCACGCUCCCCGUUUGGGAGCUCAGCUCUCGGCCCCCCUCUCACCGUCGCCGCGGCGCCGGCUGCUCCGACGCCCUUUGGCGCCUCGCCAAGCUCUCCGGCCUGCGCCUUUGGCGCCGUCUCGCCGUCCACGCCGUCGGGCGUCUUUGGCGCGCCUGCAUCUCCCGUCUCGGCCUUCUCUGGCGCAGCCGCUCGCUUCGCGUCGCCAGCGUCGCCGGCCGCCGGCGGCUUCGGAGGCGGAGCGGCCUUUGGGGCGAGCAGCCCACCCGUGCCGCAGCCGGCGCUCUCGCAGCCGGCCUCGUUUGGCGCGCCCGUCACCCCGCAGCCGAGCGCGUUUGGCGGGGCGCCGACGGCGCCGCCGCACACGCUCCGCGGAUUUGAGCCGCCGCGUGAUCGGCGCCGCCUCACUCCCCUCUGCCUGUGA